AUGGACGCCACUCACCAACAACACCAUAAUCCCCUGGAGGGAAUAACGAUAUACGACCGAACCAACCCAGAAAUGGCGGACCUUCGACCCGAGCACAUAAAGAAGCUCUACCAAAUUGCACCAUGGGGAAGGGUCGUCAUGUUUAGAGAUGGAUCCAGUGCUGAGACAUACCAAGGAGAAUAUCGCAUUCCGAUGCUCUUUCCCGCCGGAAAGACAGAGGACGAUGUUGUGGAGGUUACGUUCAAGGACGGCCCGUCUGUGCCUCCGUCUCUUCCUCCUCCUCCUCCUCCUCCUCCUCCUCCUCCUCCUCCUCCUCCUCCUCCGCCGCCGCCGCCGCCACCGCCUGCUGCGCCUGAGGUCUACGCUCCGCCUCCUCCGCCCUUCUUUCCUCCUCCGUCCUCGCCGCCUUCCCCUCAGCCCGUAGUCCCCACGCCCACUCCCGCUCCCGCCACCCACGACCCCUCCCCUCCCCCCGCCAGACGGUCGACAAGGGUGCGCAUGGCUGCUGCUCAGCCCGCCGCGAACGCAGCGCCCGCCCGCAAGACGCGCUCGGCGAAGGCUCCCCCGCACGCGCCUCCCAUCCCGACGCCUACGCCAGAUGUGCCUGCGCCCGCCGCAGCCGCUCCUGCCGCUGUCCCAGCCGCCCCCGCGCUUGCGUCCACUCCAGCUGCUCCCGCGCCGACCCGUCGCUCCGCUCGUGCUGCCGCGAAGGCGACGCCCGCCCCUCCAAAGGCACCCGCUGCCCAGAAGACCCCAGCGCGCAAAGAGGGCAGAGAGAAGAGCGGUGCUGGAGGCAGCAAAGAAAAGAGCGGUGCUGGAGGCAGCAAAGAGAAGAGUGGUGCUGAAGGCGGCAAGAGGAAGAGCCGAGGCCGAGCGGGCAAGCAAGUGGUGGAUGAGGCCGCGGCGGACGCCUGUGACGCCGGCACAGCGGACGACCGUGAGUGCAGCACAGAGAGUGCAUGCGAGUCCGACGCAGAGCACGACCGUGAGCCCAGCAAGGCAGGGGGGGCGGAGAGUGUGGAGAACGUAGACCUGGACAAGGUGAUGGCAACGUUCUACGCGGAGGAGAAGGAGUAUCACAGGAUCAAGGAAGCGAAUGCGGCGAAGGGCGUGAAGGCGUCGGCGAAGGGCAAGAAGUCGACCAACGAGGCGCCAGAGCCACCCGCCGAGGCCGGCAUCAAGCGCAAGCGGGACGCUGCCGCCGCUGCUGCCGCCGCCCACAACGACGAUGACGCUCCCACCGCGAAGAAAGCGCGCCUCAUGAUCGACAACCUCUCCGCCCGCAUCGAGCUCUACCGCACGGACCCUACGGUCAAGAAGUUCGCCGCGCACCGCGUCAUCUGCGCCGCCUGCGACGCGGUCAUCAAGACCGACAGAAACCACGACUUCUACUCAUCGCCUUGGGACAAGCAUAGGUUCCAUUGUAAGAAGAUCUUGCAGUGGGCCGAGCCCGAGCACGCACCGAGCCAGGGAUUGUUGAAGGAGUGGCAAAUGGCGCGCAAUGUCUGCGCGGAGGAAUUGAUGGCUGUCUACCCCGACGCGAUGAAGAAAUACGAGGGCAGCAAGUGCAUCUGCGAACAGCUUGGCCAGAAGGUGGACCUCCUCGACUGCGAGAAGAAGGCAAAGAAGACCGCCACUGGCUGA